UCUGGAUUCUAACAAUAUCACGAACAUUGAAAAAGGAGCCUUUCAAAACCUACCCAGUUUAACACAUUUAUAUUUGACCAACAACCAGAUCAAAAAAUAUGAUGAUGGCGCUUUCUUAUUCUUUCCCAGUAUAAAGAGGAUUGACCUUAAAGGUAAUAACGACAUGAUGUGUGGAUGUCACCUGCCGGCCAUAGUAAAUUAUAUGAACAGAACAUAUAACAGAACCGUGAGAGUCCUCGGCGAGUGUCGUACUGAUUCGGGAAAUAACCAGAGCAAAGGGAUACCGAUAAUGGAAUAUUCGCAAUGUAAAAGUUAUUCGUUAUUUCAACGGAAUUUGCGGUGUCAAACUUGUUCAGGGAUGCUUUGCGAAGGUUCAGAAGUGACAAAUUGCGCAGCAGCAGAGCCUGUAUGCCAAUAUAGGCUAUCAAUGAAUGGCGUCAGACUGGAGUUUGAAAGAUCUUGCAGCACAUACAGAAACUGCCUUGAAGCUAUGAGAAACAACACCUUUACGUGCAAUAAAUGGGCCAAUGGCACUUCUUGUGUUGCUUGCUGCAGCGGAAACCUAUGUAACAAGAAUGACUUUAUCGGCUGGACCAAUUCCUUUGUAUUUCAUCUGAUUUUCAAUCAACAUUUAAGGGCUUCAUGAAAAACCUUGCUGAAAACAUAUCUAGAGCUGUGAG